CAUUCCACAACACCCAUACAAAGCGUCUGCUCCCAGCCAGAGGGAUGGGCCGGUGGUGGAAUGUAGCUUCAUUCCAAGCCCUGCGAGUCAGAGGGGAAGCACAGCUGCUGCAGGUAUAUCAUACCUGACUGAGUCACUGAGAGUCCGCCCACUCCACACCUACACUGCGAUACCCGAGUGCAGCUCUCCGGACACACACUGCAGGAUGUCAGCACCCCGGACAGAAGAUGCCUGAGACACAGGAGCUACAGAUACUGGCAGCCAGUGGUGAGCAGACACUGCAGAAUGGAUCAGUAGAGGAGAUCAAGGUACUUAUCGACAAACAUGAUCCCUCCCAGCAACCUUCAGGCUUCAAUCAGCAAAGUCCAUCAGACUCAGGAGAGACGCAUUGUCGACAUUUUUCCUCCUGCAGCCUCCGCAGACUGGCUAUAAUGAGUAUUGUGUGUGGAGUCUCCUGUAUCGGCAUUAAAGCAUUAAUCCUUGCUCUGCGGGCAGAGCAAGAAAAAGACCAACCGAAGCAUGAGCUACUCUCUCGACGAUCUCGGAAGUUCUCAGUGCUGAGUAUAGCUGUGUUUCUUGGUGCUUUAGUGUGUCUACCCUUCCUGGUGGUCUUCAUAUCGUACAUCAUGACUCUUAUUGAGUAACAUCUGUAAUUCUAAGCUGUAACAAUUAAUCUACGAGAGGUUACAGCAACAAAGGAGCCAUGCACCACUUGGGUGGGAUUUCUGGCUCAUGGACUCUAUAAUUUGUGGAUCUACAGAACUGAUCGUUGGAGCCAAUUGUAAUGUCCUCACUGCGAGAAUCUGGGCUCCACAUUCACUUCAGAACUUUUUAUUUGAUAUGAAGGACUGCGGUAGGGAAAUGUAUAUAUUACUAAUUGUAUCUAUUGUUUGUUUCUAAUAUGUACUGUAUAUAUUUUCUAUAUAGGUCCUAAGAACCUACGUCUUGUUCAAA